AACAUUGCAGGAAGUUAAGGAGAGUCAGCGCGUGGCUAUCAUACUAGUAUACAGCGCGUAGGUAGCUAAAAAAAGCUGCAGUUGGAUAACGAGGGAAAGAGCAGUGGAUGGCAAUGGGCUGGCGACGAGGUGAGUCUCUGCCCUUGCCCUCUAGCCAAAGUAAAAGAAGCUCUCCUCACUGAAGAAAAGCCACCCAACAAUCUUCAUUUCAAAGCCCACUCCACCAAGUUAUAUGAAUCGAAUUACUCUUUCUAUCAUACUUUUUUUCUUUGUUUUUGUAAUCCAUGGCAACUUUAAUCAACUCUAUAUCUUUUUUGACAAACCCGUCACCUGAAACGACAAGGAGACCAUCUGGUUUCUUUUACCAAAUCGCGAACCUUCAUUAUUUUUCACUCAGCAAGGGUUUUUCCAAGGUUUUAGCCACUACCCAGAUCACAAUUUCUCCUAAAGAUUCUGUUUUUACUUUACCCAACUGGAAGACUGGGAAGAGUGACAGUAAAAGUAGGGAACUUAGGCUUAGCGAUGCAUAUUUUCACAUGGAAUAUAUGGUGGGGAAGGGACAGAAGCCUGAUGUAGUUCAAGCUACUCAGCUGUUGUAUGAUUUGUGCAAGGUUAAUAAGAUGAAAAAGUCUAUUAGAGUGAUGGAGAUGAUGGUUGAUUCUGGUAUCAUACCUGAUGCAGCUUCGUAUACAUUCUUGGUGAAUCAUUUGUGCAAGCGAGGAAAUGUUGGGCAUGCAAUGCAGUUAGUGGAAAAAAUGGAGGCUCAUGGUUAUCCAACUAAUACUGUUACUUAUAACUCUUUAGUUAGAGGUCUUUGUAUGCAUGGAAACUUGAAGCAAAGCUUGCAGCUUUUGGAUAGGUUAAUACAAAAAGGACUAGUUCCCAAUGAAUUCACUUAUUCUUUCUUGCUUGAAGCUGCUUAUAAGGAAAAAGGUGUAAAUGAAGCAACGAAGCUUUUGGAUGAGAUCAUUGCCAAAGGUGGGAAGCCUAAUUUGGUUAGUUACAAUGUUUUGUUGACUGGGUUGUGCAAGGAAGGGAGGACUGAUGAAGCUAUUAGGUUCUUCAGAGAUUUGCCUGCUAAAGGAUUUAAUCCAAAUGUUGUGAGCUAUAACAUAGUGUUAAGGAAUUUGUGUUACGAGGGACGGUGGAAAGAAGCAAAUGAGCUUUUGGCGGAGAUGGAUGGUGACGAUCGUUCUCCUUCUGUAGUUACUUACAAUAUUUUGAUUGGUUCUCUUGCCCUCCAUGGCAGGACUUACCAUGCUAUGGAUGUUUUAGAUGAAAUGAUUAGAGGACGUUUUAAAGUCAGUGCUACAAGUUAUAACCCGAUAAUCGCUCAACUUUGCCAAGAGGAGAAGGUGGAUCUUGUGGUUAAGUGUCUAGACCAGAUGAUCUAUAGACGUUGUAAACCUAAUGAAGGAACAUAUAAUGCUAUUGCUGUGCUGUGUGAGCAGGGAAUGGUGCAAGAGGCAUUCUCCAUAUUUCAAAGCCUUGCGAGCAAACAAAGUUCCUCUCCGAAUGAUUUCUACAAGAGUGUAAUUUCUAGUUUAUGCAGAAAAGGGAACACAUAUCCAGCAUUUCAGCUUUUAUAUGAAAUGACCAAGUCUGGCUUCACUCCAGACUCGUACACUUAUUCCUCACUAAUCAGAGGAUUGUGCUUGGAGGGAAUGCUGCAAGCAGCAAUGCAGAUUUUCAUAGUAAUGGAAGAAAGUAACUUUAAGCCUGAUGUUGACAAUUUCAAUGCCCUUAUAUUAGGAUUCUGCAAAUCCCACAGAACUGAUCUCUCCUUGAAGGUUUUCGAGAUGUUGAUAGAGAAAGGCUAUAUGCCUAACGAGACAACGUAUACCAUACUUGUGGAAGGGAUUGCUCAUGAAGGACAAAUGGAGCUGGCAGCACAAGUAUUGAAGGAGUUGCAUAUGAGAGAAGUUGUUAGUCAACAUGUUGUAGAAAGGCUUAUAAUGCAGUACAACCUUUCUGCCAUUGAUAACUUUUGAUUUUCGGAGUGCGAAAACACAUAGGAAGAUGGAAGAAAUCGAAAGAUCAUCGAUCUGUGAUUUUGAUUCUGAUCUGACUGUUAAAUAUGAAUUUUGUCAUGAAGAAAUGGCUUUGAGAUCAUCUGGCAGUGGUCCGAUUAUUUGGAAGGUGGAAUGAAGAUGAAUCUAGUUCAAGCACAAGGACUCAAAUUUGUGGCACUUUUAUUUGAAUAAGCUGGUUACUGUUUUUGUUGUAAAUCCUUUAUUACAUGUAGAACACUUUUAAUUAUGUAUUAAUGGCUGAUAUUACAUUAUUUA